AUGGGUGCAAAUGUAGAUCCAUUGGUCGUCGGUCGAGUCAUAGGUGACGUGGUCGACUUUUUCGUGCCGAGCGUGUCGAUGUCCGUUUACUACGCCUCGAAGCACGUCAACAAUGGCUGCAAUAUCAAGCCAUCUGUGGCAGCCGAGCAGCCUAGAGUCACCGUUGCCGGAAGUUCCGACGAGCUCUACACCUUGGUUGUUGAUCAAACACAGCUAACCAUUCCAGUUUAUAAANCAGAUCCUGAUGCUCCUAGUCCAAGUGAGCCAAGCUUGAGAGAGUGGGUUCACUGGAUUGUUACAGACAUUCCAGGCUGCUCCAAUGUAACUCGAGGCAAGGAGAUUUUGGCCUAUGUGGGCCCAAAGCCGACGGUUGGGAUUCACCGGUACAUAUUAGUUCUAUUCCGGCAACACACGAGGCUCGGAAUCGGAAUAUUGGAGGCCCCACAAAGCCGCUCGAAUUUCAACACACGAGCCUUUGCACAGCGCUUUAACCUAGGAAUGCCCGUUUGCACCGUUUAUUUCAACGCUCAUCGUGAACCCUUGGCCAACCGAAAGCACCACAAUUGA